AUGUCACGUCCUGAACAGUUGGCACCACCAGAAGUGUUCUAUAAUGACACAGAAUCAUAUAAAUAUACAUCAUCCACCCGUGUGCAGCAUAUUCAAGCCAAGAUGACAUUUAGAGCUUUAGAAUUAUUAAAUUUACAAGAAUUCCCACAUUUUAUACUUGAUAUUGGUUGUGGUUCUGGAUUAAGUGGUGAAAUAUUGACAGAAGAAGGUCAUAUAUGGUGUGGUAUGGAUAUUUCAACUUCAAUGUUGGCAACUGGGUUAGAUCGUGAAGUUGAUGGUGAUUUAUUCUUGGCUGAUAUGGGUAGUGGUAUACCAUUUAGAGCUGGUACAUUUGAUUGUGCUAUAAGUAUUUCUGCUAUUCAAUGGCUUUGUAAUGCUGAUAGUGCAAAUGUUGAUCCUAGAAAAAGAUUAUUAAGAUUUUUCAAUACAUUAUUUGCUUCUUUAAAAAGAGGUGGUAAAUUUGUUGCACAAUUUUAUCCAAUGAAUGAUGAACAAAUUGAUUCUAUUUUGGGGGCUGCUAAAGUUGCUGGAUUCCAAGGUGGGCUAGUUAUUGAUGAUGCUGAAUCAAAGAAGAAUAAAAAAUAUUAUUUAGUUUUGAGUGCAGGUUCAAGUUCAAAUGAAAUGAAUUUAUCAGGUAUAACAAUGGAUGCACCUGAACAACCACAAAAAUUAAGUAAGAAAUCAAAGAAAAACAUAGAAUCAAGAAAAGAUUAUAUUAAUAGAAAGAAAGAAUUAAUGAAGAAAAGAGGUAAAGUUGUGGCAAAAGAUUCCAAGUAUACUGCAAGAAAGAGAAAAUCAAGAUUUUAA